CCGAAUUUGAAUUUACUUGACAAACAGAAGAUACCUACACUCAAUACGGACGAUUGAAGCACAGCAAUGAACCGAGCCCAGUUAAUCUCGGUGUGUCUAUUGGGGUUGAUCACCGGCGAAAUGGUUAAUGGACUUGACUGGCCUACAUACCCAGGCAAGGAGGGAAUCCGAUCCAGCAAAUGUCAGAAAACACUCAAUUGCGGCACUAAAAACAUAGCGACAAAACUAGUUUGCAAGGGGUUUUGUCUUGGAAGAAAACGAUUCUGGGAAAAAUGUGGGAAAAAUGGCUCUAAAUCGAAAUCCAAAAUAUGCAAUGCUUUAAUUGCACAAGCUUGCGAACGAGCCGGAAAAGGGCUUAUCAGUUUGACGGACAAGGCGGUUACACAGAUCGUAUCCCUGGCCACAGGUUUAAUUGGGGGAAAAAGGGACAUGAGCACCGAAGAACUAGAAUAUUUUAACGAAUUGAAAAGACGGGGAAUCGACUUUGAAAGGAGACAAGAAUAGACAAUGAAACAUAUUGAUGGCAAGCGCGUAUCAUGUACAUGUAGAAUGACACAGAUUUAUUAUUAUUUAUUAUUUCCACUCAUUGCAGAAGUCGUGCUGCCAGUUCGGAGCACGACAAAAUAUGCUUAUUGCACCAGCUGCUCAGUCUUUUCCUUAUUCCAACCAUUUUUGUUAUUCAACUGCAGGCCACCUGGUGAUAUUGUGUUGUGAUAAUAAACACAGUUUUAAAACAAUGAGAUGCGUUAUAUUUGACUUGUUGCUUGCUUAGUGUGUAAUUUUAU